GACAUCUAUACACCCAAUCUAUCUCCCGCCAUCGCCGGAGAAGCCCCCCAUUCCACCACCAUGGCUCCCGCCCUUACCUCCAACUCCUUCCGCCUCUACUCCAAGCCGACGAGGCCUGCCACCGUCGCCUCUGCGCAGCCCCGGCCGAACCUCUUCAGCUUCGGACGGCCCAAGGAAGACCCCUCGGCCCCGGGGGACGAGGCGCCCAAACCCAACCGGUUCUUCGUCGACUUCGGGAAGCUCCCCGACGCAAAGUCGCUCGUCCCUGCCAUCGCUACCGGCCCCUCCACCCCCCUCUUCGCCGGCGCCCGCCGCAAGGACCCCCGCUCCGUCUUCGUGGCCGGCGCUACCGGGCAGGCCGGCGCCCGCAUUGCGUGGGCCCUCCUCCGCCAGGGAUUUUCCGUCCGCGCUGGCGUCUCCGACCUCGCCGCCGCCCAGGACGUCGCCCGCCUCGCCGCCGCCUACAAGAUCAUCUCGCCGGAGGAAUCGAAGCGGCUCAACGCGGUGGAGUCGCCGUCCGACGACGCGGCGGCCAUCGCCAAGGCGAUCGGCCCCGCCGCCAAGGUGGUGGUCACGGUGGGCGCAGCCGAGAAGGGACCCACGGCAGAGCUGACUACGAACGAGGCACUCGAGGUGGUGCGCGCCGCGAAGCUCGCCGGAGUCGGGCACGUGGCGGUGGUCUACAACGCGGGGCCCGGCGGGUUCCCGGUGCAGUCCACCGGCAACGUGCUCGACGGCGUUACCUCCUUCUUCUCCAACCUCUUCGCGCAGGGGCAAUCGCUAACGCUGGGGGACUUGCUCCGGAAGAUGGCGGAGCUGGACCUGAACUACACCGUGAUCAGGGCGGCGCUCACCGACGACUACGCGGCCGAGAGCUCGUACGCAUUGACGGUGGCGGAGGAGGGGAAAGCCAUCGGAGCUACAACCGGCGAAUUCAAGGUAUCGAGAUUGCAGAUCGCCGGAUUAGUCGCAGAUGUCCUUUCCAACACUGCCAUUGCCGAGAACAAAGUUGUUGAAGUCUUCUCGAGUCCGUCGGCGACAUCGAAGAGUGUGGAAGAACUCUUCCGUGUGAUACCGGAAGACGGCAGACGGAAGGUGUAUGCGGAGGCGAAGGCGAAGGAGGAAGCAGAGGAGGCGGCGAAUGAGAAAGCCCGGGAGGCGACGGCGAAGAAGAAGAAGAUUGAGGAGGAGGCGCAGAAGCUGGAGGAGAAGAAGACGCGCGCCGCCACAGCGAGCAAAGAGGCCCGGCAGCUGGUUGAGGACGCCGGCGCGUCGCUCGACGGCCUGCUUGCCAGGGCCAAGGGGCUCGCCGGCGGCGAGUUCUCCUGGGACAAGUUGAGCUCGCAGCUGGCGACGGUGGUGGCGGUGACCACGAAUGGCGCAGCGGAGGGGAAGAUAAAGACGACGACGCAGGUCGCCACCGUGAGGGGACAGGCCAAGGCGCGGAGCCUGCCGCCGAAGAAGGCCGUGGUGAAGCGACCUCCCCCGCCGGAGAAGCCGAAGACUAAGCAGCCGGAAGCGUCGCCUGAGGUGAAGAAGAUCUUUGGCGGCCUCUUCAAGCAGGAAACGAUUUAUAUAGAUGAUGAUUAAUGGAGAAUUUGCGUCGUUUGUACCUCGUAAAUCGAAGAGAACAAGUUUAUGCUAAGAAUUGUUUUUCUCUUGAAUUUUGGGGUCCUCUGUGCAAUAAUUAAUGGUGAAAUUUGGAUGUC